UGACAAAAUGGAACCCACCAGCAGUGUGAGGAGACCUGAAAGUGGCACAUGGCAGAGAGUGUGGCGAUGGGAGACAGCAGCAAUGGGAGGCCGUACAGGGAGCCAUGAGACACUCUGGACCUGGCAGCAGCAUGAGGAGUCGGUACGGGGGCCCAUGGCAGAUUACGGGCCUGGCAGCAGCAAUGGGAGGCCCGUAAUCUGCCAGCACCCUAUGACAAAAUGGGAACCCACCAGCAGUGUGAGGAGACCUGAAAGUGGCACAUGGCAGAGUGUGGCGAUGGAGACGUGCUAGCAAUGGGAGGCGUACAGGGACCCAUGAGACACUCUGGACCUGGCAGCAGCAUGA